AUGUAUCCUUCAUAUGCUAGAAUAAAAGCAUUCGAUGAAUCUCAUACAAAGUUUGCCUCAAAAUAUUCCCUUUAUUUAUAUCGUGAACAAGGUAAAGAUCCUAUACCAGAUCUGGAAAAUGGAUAUCUGAAACUUGAUGGUAUACCAGUAUUAUUUAUUCCAGGAAAUGCUGGUAGUUAUAGACAAGUUCGAUCAAUUGCAUCUCAAAGUUCUGAUAUUUAUUUUCAACAAUUAAUUCAUCAACAUAAUUCAAAUUAUAAGAAUUUAGAUUUCUUUACUGCUGAUUUUAAUGAAGAUUUUACAGCUUUUCAUGGUCGAACUAUAUUAGAUCAAGCAGAAUAUCUUAAUGAAGCUAUUAAAUUUAUACUUGAAUUAUAUUCAAAUAAUGAAAAUCCUCCAACAUCAGUUAUAAUUAUUGGUCAUUCAAUGGGAGGAAUUGUUUCAAGAGUAAUGAUAACAUUACCUAAUUAUGUUAAUAAAUCAAUUAAUACAAUUAUAACUUUAUCAUCACCUCAUGCUGCAGCUCCAUUAACUUUUGAUGGAGAUAUUUUAAAAAUUUAUUCAGCAAUUGAUAGAUUUUGGUAUGCUGGAUUUCAUAAUUCUACAAUAUCUCAUUAUUCUAAUAUUGCUAAAGAAAGAUUACAUGAUGUUUCAUUAAUUUCAAUAACAGGAGGUAAUCUUGAUGCUACAUUACCAGCGGAUUAUACAACUUUAGGAUUUUUAGUUCCAUCAACUAAUGGAUUUACAGUAUUUACAACAGGUAUACCUCAAGUUUGGACACCAAUAGAUCAUUUAGCAAUAGUUUGGUGUGCUCAAUUAAGACAAAAAUUAGCUCGAUUAUUAUUAGAAAUUGUUGAUUAUAAUAAACCAAGUAAAACUAAGAAUCUUGAAGAUAGAAUGAAUAUUUUUAAACAAUAUUUACUUACAGGAUUUGAAUCAAAUAUUAAUAAUAAUAAUAAAUAUGAAGAAUCAAAUCUUAAUCUCAAACUUAAACUUGAUUCAUCAUUAAUUAGUCGAGAAAAGAAAAUACGUAUAAAUAAAGAUUCACCACCUCGAAAAUAUUAUGCAUUUCAUUUAAAUAAAAAUGAAGAAGAACAAUUUUCAUUAAUUAGUUCAAUGUCACCAACUCAAUCAUGGAAAGAUAUUUCUGAUGAAGAUGAAGGAUUUUGGAGUAUGUUAUUAUGUAAUAAUCUUGAAGAAAAUGAUGAUGAUUCUGAUCUUAUAGAUUAUACAACUGAUAAAACAACAGAAUAUGUUGCACUUAAAUGUCGUGAUGCAUCAACUUAUUAUGAUGGAUUAAUUCCUCAAUCACAUAAUUCAACUAAUUCAUUAAUGGAUUCAUCAUUUGGAGGUAAUAAAUUACCAUUUCAUGGAAUUAAAAUUAAUCCUCUGAUAUUAUCAGAAAAUGAUGUUGUAUUAUUAAUUACUUCAACUAAAUUUAAAAAUGAUGAUGAUUUUUUAUUAGCAGAAUUAAGUGAUUUAAAUUCUAGUCAAUUUGAAUUAGGUAAAGAUUUAUCUACAUUAUUUAAACGAGGUGGAGCUGAUAUUACUUUACCAUUAACUAAACCAUUAGUUUGUAAUAUUAAAAUCCCUAGUGCAUGGAGUAGUUUAUUAGAAUAUAAAUUAUUCAUUAAAAAUAAAAUUAAUAAUAAUAAUAAUAAUCAACGAGGAGAAUUUAAUACAUUUAUAAGACAAUGGAUUGAAUCACCAUAUGAAAGUAAAUGGCAUAUUAAUAUUAAAAAUAAUCAACCAUUAUCAAUUAAUUUACAUGGAAUUGCUCCUUAUGUACCAUUUAAAAUUAAUAAGAAUUAUGGACUUAAUCUUGAAAUAUGGAGUUUACCAACUAAUAAUGAUGAUUCACCAAUGGAUAUUGAAAUUAAAAUUGAUCUUAUUAAAAGUUUAAGAUUAUUAGUAUUACGAUAUAGAUUAGCCAUUGUUUCAAUAUGUGUUCUGAUUAUAUUAAUGGUGAUGUUAAUUCAAUUUAAUAUCUUUUUAACAACAAAUAAAUUCCCAAAUUUCUUAGCAGUUUUAACUUAUAUAAAUACUGGUAAAAGAAUUAUGGGAAUAAUUUUAAUAUUAAUUAUAUUAAAUCCAUUAGUUAAAAUUGAAUUUAUUAAGAAAUUCUUAAAUAUAAUUGAUCCAGUAGUUAUACAAGAUGUUAAUGAAAUUAAUAUAUCAUUAGAUAAUGAAUUUAAACUUAAUUCAUUUUUCUUAGGUCUUGAAGAGAAUUCAUUAUGGUAUUUAAGUAUAUUAUUUUAUUUAAUUGGUAAUAGUUUGGUGAUUUUAACUUAUACUAUAUUGAUUCAAAUUGGGAAAUUAAUUCGAAUUAUAUCAAAGGGUAUAACCACCAGUAUUGGUAAGAUUCCUCAUAAUCGGAAUCAUUCUCAUACUCAGAAUCAUAAUAUCAAUAGUAAUACUAAUAGUAAUAGUUAUCAAUCAUUUAAUCGUCGUUUAAUUGUUUCAAUUGUCUUACUUUUACUUAUCCCCAUCUACAUUCCUUAUCAAUUAGUAUAUGUAAUUGGAGUUGUUGUUCAAUUAAUUAAUUAUUUAAAGAGUUGUCAAACUUCAUCAAAUAAUCUACAAAGAUAUCAAUUAUCUUUAUUAAUUCUUAUGUUAUGGAUAUUACCUAUAAAUAUCCCCAUUGUAAUUGUAUUUGUUCAUAAUAUUUCAAUUAAUUGGAAAACUCCAUUUUCAUCUCAUCAUAAUAUUUUAUCUAUAUUACCUAUAUUAUUAUUAGUUGAAAGAAAUUCUCAAUUGAAAAGAUUAUCAAUUACAUCUUAUACAUCUAAUCCAAUAUUUAAAAGAAUUGGUUUAUCACUUAUAGGAUAUUUUAUAAGUUAUUGUUUGAUUUAUGGUAGUUGUCAUACAUUUUGGCUUCAUCAUUUAUUUAAUAUAUUAAGUUGUUGGUUAAGUAUUUUAGUGAUUAGUAUUGAUGAAGAUGAUGAAAGUCAAAGUGAUGAAUAUACUACUAAAUCAGAUCAAAGUACAGGUAAAUCGAAUUAG